AUGGAGCAGCAGGUCCCCCCCAGCCCCACAGCUGUGGAGCCCACUGCUACCCCCGACGUCUACCCCUGGUCCGAGGGCUACUCGUGGGACACCGGGGUGCUGCCCGAGCUGUGCGAGAAGGAGGCCGUGCAGGGCUUUGCCCGCACCUACCAGCCGGCUGUCUACCUGCUGCUGUCGCUGCUGGGCGCCGCGGGGAACGGGCUGGUGCUGCUCACGCACACCCGCUACCGCCGGGCGCAGAGCAUCACCGACAUCUGCCUGCUGCACCUGGCCCUCUCCGACCUGCUGCUGCUGCUGACGCUUCCCUUCGCCGUCACCGUCACGCUGCAGGGCUGGGCCCCGGGCACGGCCUCCUGCCGCGUGCUGCAGGGCCUCUACGCCCUCAACUUCUACAGCGGCUUCCUCUUCCUCACCUGCAUCAGCGUGGACCGCUACGUGGCCAUUGUGCGGGUGCCGGCCGCCUGCCGCCUGCGCCCGCGGGCCCGGCGCUACGGCUGCCUGGCGGCGGGGCUGGCCUGGCUGCUGGCCUCCCUGCUGGCACUGCCCCAGCUCAUCUACGGGCGAGCGGAGCAGCACCGCGGCCUCUGGCUCUGCCGCGUGGUCUUCCCAACGACUGUGUCCCGGGCGGCCCGUGGGGCCACCAACCUGGUGCAGGUGGUGCUGGGCUUCGCGGUGCCCUUCCUGGUGAUGGCCGGCUGCUACGCGGCCGUGGCGCGCACGCUGCUGGCGGCCCGCGGCGCCCAGCCCCACCGGGCACUGCGGGUGCUGCCCGCCCUGGUGCUGGUCUUUGUGGCGCUGCAGCUGCCGCACAGCCUGGCCGUGCUGCUGGACACGGCCGAGCUGCUGGCCGCCUGGGAGGCCACCUGCGCCCAGAGCCGCCGCAAGGACCUGGCGCUGCUGGUCACCGGCGGGCUGGCCUGCCUGCGCUGCUGCCUCAACCCGCUGCUCUACGCCUUCCUGGGCCAGCGCUUCCGCCGUGAGCUCUGGAUGCUGGCGGCUGACGCUGGCUGCGUGCGGCCCCUCGACGCCCGCUGCCCUGGCUGCAGCAGCCCUCGCCGUCGGAGUUCGCUCUCCACAUGCCAGGAUGUGGCCUAG